UCCCUUCUGCCUUCUACGGAUGCCGCAGUAAAGUUGGCCGCGCAUGCGCACACUCGGGCCUCUUUUUUUCUCGGAAGCACCGCUGACCCAUCGCAACAUGUCCGAUCCCGAUCUUGACUUCACGGUUGGCGAGUCUGGCGCCUCCGCCACUUACCCCAUGCAGUGCUCUGCUCUGCGUAAGAACGGGUAUGUGGUGCUGAAGGGACACCCCUGCAAAAUUGUGGAGAUGUCCACCUCCAAGACCGGCAAGCACGGACAUGCCAAGGUCAACCUGGUUGGAAUCGACAUCUUCACCAACAAGAAGCAUGAAGAUAUGUGCCCCUCCACCCACAACAUGGAUGUUCCCUCCAUCAAGAGGCUAGAUUACCAGCUGGUUAACAUCAAUGAUGGCUACAUGUGCCUGAUGAGCGACACCGGGGACAUCAGGGAGGACCUGCGUGUCCCUGACAGCGAAAUCGGCAGAGAAAUCGAGGGGAAGUUUGAGGCUGGUGACGAAUUCAUGGUCACCGUCAUCGCUGCCAUGGGGGAGGAAUGUGCUGUCGCUACCAAGGUCCUGGCCGGCAAAUAAGGGGACGGACUUUGCUUCCCAGGCAACAAGCACCGCCCACAACCAGUCUCCUGCAUUCUCAUUGGUUCUGUCACCAAAGCGUCGGCCUUCACAGACAACCUCAAUCAUUCUGUUGUGAUUUCAUCGUUUUUAUCCCUCCCUGGCCCCCCCUCCCUCCCUCCCUCCCUCCUCACUUUUUAUCAUUUCUCCUUUGCAUUGCUGAUGGGAGUUCCACUGUGGCUCGCUGCGUGGUCCUCUGCUCUGAUCACUGAGGUUUUGUUUGGUUACAAUCUACUUUAUAUAUAAAAAAAACACUUCAAAAAUAACGCAUCAGUUGCUCAUUCCUGCUUCGUCUCUCUGCCUUCAACACCUUGGUUUCGCCACUCACAUUCCUGAACGUUUUAACAACGGGAUUCAGCUUUUGUAUGAUAUUUUUUAAAGUCUUGAUUAAAGCUGGUCUAGAGCCUUUUAGAGGGAACGUGCAGAGGACAGUUUGAGUUGUUGAAGCAGUGGGAGGGAGGAAAAGUCUCUGUAGAUGUUAACUUCGGGUUCAGGCCGUCCUCUAGCAGCCAUUACCAUCCAGCAUGGCCCCCCCGCUCUGGUCCCCGUGCGGAUCGGGGCUCGAUGAGGCUCCCCCCCCCCCCCCUGUCCCCUCCUAGUUGUUGGGAUUGGUGGUGGCUAGCACUUGAGGUCCACCCCAGCAUGUCAAAGCUCUAAAACAGAAAAGAAGUGUUUUUUGUUUUUUUUCUCCCCCCCCCCCCCCCCCCCCUCUUAGAAGAACAGAAACUUCAGUGAUUUUACCCGUGUGAUGCCAGUCUCUUGUCUGUAGAAGUUUGAGGAGCGCUUGUGCGCUCACACCUCUCGUCCAUUGGGAGGGGGGGGGGAGGGUUGAGGGCUCGCCCCGCUAUCCCCCCCCACCCCCCCUUCCCCUUCCCCCCCACAAUACAAAAGGAGUGUAAUACCUUGUUUUGAGAGGCAUGAGUGUAGCGGUGUGGGCCUCCGAAAUGUGGAAGGCGGUUUGCAGUGAGGCGUGUUUCUUUUUCCGAGGGAUCGGGUUGGGGAGGGUGGUAGAGUUGCAAACAUUUUUGUUCACUCGAGGCCUUUGUCACCUGACUGGAGAUGGCAAAAAAAAAACAAUAAAAUAAUGAAACAAUGGAAAAAAACUGCAAAACUGUCUGGUUUUCUGCCUCUUGCAUACGCUGUAAUUGUUAAAAUGUAAUGCUGGUUGACAGUGAAACACGAUGGAAAUAAAAUGCCCAAAUCUGAGCAAAAAUACUUAAUUCA